AGCUCGACGACCCGCGCCAUCAUCCUGCGGCAAGCUCGACGAUCCGCGCCAUCCUGCUGCUGCGGCGGCAGCCAUGGUGCACGUCAACUUCUACCGCAACUAUGGGAAGACUUUCAAGAAGCCAAGGCGUCCAUAUGAGAAGGAGCGUCUUGACUCUGAGCUGAAGCUGGUCGGCGAGUACGGUCUGCGGUGCAAGCGCGAGCUGUGGCGCGUGCAGUACGCUCUGAGCCGUAUCCGAAAUGCAGCAAGGGAGCUGCUCACCCUGGAUGAGAAGAACCCCCGCCGCAUCUUUGAGGGUGCAGCGCUCCUCCGUCGCAUGAACCGCUACGGUCUCCUCGCUGAGGACCAAAACAAGCUCGAUUACGUGCUCGCCCUCACUGUCGAGAACUUCCUCCAGCGCCGUCUCCAGACCAUCGUCUUCAAGAAUGGCAUGGCCAAGUCAAUCCAUCAUGCUCGUGUCCUUAUCAGGCAGCGCCACAUCAGGGUUGGAAAGCAGCUCGUCAACAUUCCUUCUUUCAUGGUGAGGGUUGACACUGAGAAGCACGUCGACUUCUCACUUACCAGCCCACUUGGUGGUGGCCCUGCUGGAAGAGUGAAGAGGAAGAACCAGAAGAAGGCCUCAGGUGGGGGUGGCGGCGACGGCGAGGAGGAGGAAGAGUAAAAAGAGCUCAACCUUUGCUCUGCAGUACUUAGUGGAAGAAACUGUCAAAACUUCAGUUAAGAUAACGUUGUGGAACUUGCAACAGGAAGUGGAUGAAACUUUGAUUUGAGCUUAGAAUCAUAGAGGUGAAGAGCUUUUGUUGCCUUGGAAUCUAGCUUUGGGUACCCAACUUAUGGUGUUAGUUUUGCUUUGUUAGAUAUCAGUGGGUGAACAUGCCAACUCAGUGACACUUGCUUAAUUUGAAGCCUUGGGUCAUUUCGUGAACUACGUCGAUUGUAUGCUGGUCCAUUGAAGUAUUCGACCUUACUCUGCCGCAA